AUGCAAGUCAUGCUGCCUCAUGCCUCCUCAUCUUUUGAGACGUCUCAAAACCUGCAAGUCAUGCUGCCGCAUGCCUCAUCUCGCCUUACCAGGACAAGCAAUAGCACGGGGGAAGCAUUGCAAGCCGUGUGUCUUAAGGAGGAGCCGUGCCUGCAGUCCUUUCCUAAAACGCGACAAGGGGGGCAGCAGGAGCUGGCCGGAGGGCAACAGGCGUUGAAGGCGGAGAUGGAGGUGGAGCAGGGGGCCGGGGAGCAGCAGAAGUUGCAGGCUAGGGGGCAGCAGGAGCUGCAGGCUGGGGGACAGCAGGAGCUGCAGGCGGGGGGACAGCAGGAGCUGCAGACGAGGAGACAGCAGGAGCUGCAGGCAGGGGGACAGCAGGAGCUGCGGGAGUUGGAGGUGGAGAUGGAGGAGCCACAAGAGGAGGCGCGAGAGGAGCUGUGGGUAGGCCAGCAGGAGGGGAGUCAAACAGGGAAUCAACCCCAGUCGCAUGCAGGGCAGCGGCAAGGGUGUCAUGAGGGGAACCAGCCCGUGCCUGGAAGCGUACAACAGGGGUUGCCGAUGAGUGAGUCGCAGGAGUUGCAGGCGCAGGAUCAGCAUGGGGUCACUAGCCCGGGCGGCACAGGCCAAGCGGAAAGGCCACGAGCACGGCGUAGAAGGGGGCGACGACAGGGAGGGCAGAGGGCUGGGGGGCAGCCCGGGGCGACCGGAGCAGCUCAGGGAGAGCAGCAGCCAGGGGGGCAUCCGGGGGUGACCGAAUCACCCCAAGGAGCACGGCAGCCAGGAGGGCAGCCGAGGGUGACCGGAGCACUGCAAAGAGAGCAGCAGCCAGGGGGGCAGCUGGGGGUGACCCGAGCACCUCAGAGAGUGCAGCAGCUAGGGGGGCAGCCGGGGGUGACCGGAGCUCCCCAGGGACCACAGCAGCCAGGAGGCCAGCCGGGGGCGACCGGAGCACCCCAGGGAGCAAAGCAGCCAGGAGGGCAGUCGUUGGAUGACCAGGAGCAGCAAUUGGAGGAGUGGAUCCGACUUUUGGAUUUUGAUACCCCCAUGGCGACAGCGGAGGAAGGAAAAGCUACACGCCACAUGUCGGUCUGCAAGGCAGCGUACGCACAGCGCCGGGCUCAGGCUCUUGGGUUAACCCGCGACGUCACUGACGACUCGGAUGGCAAACCUAUGCCACCAAGGGAUAUCAAUGAGAAGGUGUGCGCUGCAGUUCCUUCAUGGGACUGGGAGUCGUUCUUUGGGAUUGAGUUGGUGCUAGGGAAACUCAUGCGCCGCAUCCCACAGCGCGCUAGAUUGGGGGUGCUUGACGCACUCUCUUGCGUCCUCAAGCGGCUUCAAUUGAGGGUAGCAGAUGAGGCGGCAUCCUUGGUCUUCCUGGCGUUCCCUUGUCUGAUUUUGGGGAUUCCAACUGGGCAAUGCCAGGGGCACAAGGCCGCAAUUAGGGAGUGGUUGGAGAAGUUCUGGGCUGGGGAGUGGCGACAGUUGUUCGAGUCGGCGGCGGCGGCGAUGCAUCCAGCGGCGGCGAUGCAUCCAACGGCUCGUCCAUUGUCCUUCACCCCUUUCGAGCAUGACCCCGAUGCAGUGCGCCUGGCUCGCUGCCGCACAAGAUGCAAAGUGGGAGAAUGGAGUAGGGGCUUGGCGUGUCUUACAGCUGGUAGCAUGGCGCAGCCCUCCCAGCAUGUGGUGGACUCGCUACACGCCAAACACCCAUCGUGUGAGACCCCCAUCCCGGAGUGGUUGCAGGAGGCGACAGACGAGCCGACCCUCAUCCCCGAGCUUUCAGUGGAGGUACUCGGCCAGGCUGUCCAUUCAGCGGCUCGGGCGUCUGCACCAGGACCAUCAGGGUGGGUGACGAAGCACCUGCGCGACACUUUUCUCUCCGAGCCUGCAUGCCUGCCUCACCUGCUAGGGGUCUUCACCCAUUGGACCAAGGGAGAGGUAGCGGAGUGCGUGCGACCCUGGCUGACUGCAUCCAACCAUGUGGGCCUGUCAAAGCCGAAUGGUGACGUUCGUCCGGUGGCUAUAGGCGAGGUGCUCCCCCGCAUACUAUCGAGGGCUCUAUGUUGA